AUGGUAAUUAUGUUGGGAGCAACUGUGACUCUUAUUAGAUGUGGGGUGCUUGUGGAGGGUAAGUUGUUCUCUAAACAGAAGAUUUUGGAAGCCGAAAGACAAUUAAACCAACUUAGAAGGCCUGCAGUUAAAACCAUUCAGAGUGAAGAUGGUGAUAUCAUUGAUUGCAUUGACAUCUACAAGCAGCCAGCUUUUGAUCAUCCUGCUCUCAGAAACCACACCAUCCAGAUGGCACCAACAUAUGAUACAACCAAGGAGACAAAGACAAUGAAAAAAAUGGACAGAUGGAAGAAGAGGAAUGAAGAACAAUCUCCCAUUACCGUGAAGCAAACAUGGCACAAAAGUGGAAGCUGUCCUCAGGGAACAAUCCCGAAGGCAAUAUUGUUUACAGAAGGGUACAGAUAUAAUGGAGCCAAAGGAGACAUCAAAGUUUAUAACCCAUCUGUCGAGCUUGAUGAUGAAUAUAGUACUUCUCAAGUUUGUCUCAUAAAUGGUGCUUAUUAUGACUUUGAGAGUGUUGAAUCUGGAUGGGCGGUAAAUCCCAGUGUAUACGGGGACAGACAGACUCGAUUUUUCGUGUAUUGGACUGUUGAUGGCUCACAGAAAACUGGUUGCUUUGAUCUCACUUGUCCUGGAUUUGUUCAGACUAGCCAUGAAAUUGCUCUUGGUGCAGCAAUCCAUCCAAUCUCUGUUCCUCAUGGGCUUCCAUAUCAAAUAAUAGUCUACAUCUACAAGGAUCCAGUAACAAGCAACUGGUGGGUGCAAUAUGGGGAGAGAAUUAACAUCGGUUACUGGCCGCCGGAGCUGUUUGUUUUAUUGAGCUACCAUGCAACAAGUGUUGAAUGGGGAGGUGAAGUUUAUAGCUCAAGAGUGGGAACUACGCCUCACACAAGAACAGAUAUGGGCAGUGGACACUUUGCUGAGUCAUCAGUUUGGGGGACUUCAGGCGUCAUAAAAAGAAUUCGAGUACAUGAGAAUUCACCUGGGCUGAAAUUCCCUGAUAUAGUUAAUACUUUGAUGGAUGAGUUCAACUGUUAUGAUGUCAAGUAUCUUUCGGAUUAUGUUGAAGAUCCUGAGUUCUAUUAUGGAGGGCCUGGUAGAAAUUAUAUGUGCCCUUAA